AAAAUGAAACUUUUACUCCUUGUGGUUGCGUUGAGCUCCCUCACCCUGGCCCGUCCGGAAGAGGAAAAAUAUACCACCAAAUAUGAUAAUGUGGAUAUUGAUGAGAUUCUGAAAUCAGAUCGCCUCUUCAAUCAUUAUUACAAAUGUUUGAUUGAUAAGGGUUCGUGCACCCCAGAUGGCCGUGAGCUGAAGAGAAUCCUACCGGAUGCCUUACGUACGGAAUGCCGUAAAUGUAAUGACAAACAGCGAGCCAAUGCCGAUAAGGUGAUACGUUUUAUUAUCGACAAGAAACCGGAGGAGUGGAAGGCGCUGCAGGCUAAAUAUGAUCCGCAAAGGGUCUACUACAACAAAUAUAAGGAUGAGGCCUUGAAGCGUGGCAUAAAAUUGUAAAUGAGGA